CAUUUUCCAUGUUAUUCUCUCUUUUACUGCACAGUUUUAUGAAAAUUGGAAUGCGUUAACUAUACAGAAUAGUUCGACUAAUUAAGCGCCUGGUUUCUCCAGUUUAGAGGAGGUGGGGUUUUAUCUCCAGAUUUUGGCGAGGGGAGACCCUGCUUAGGCAGCCAUGUACAUCAAACAGGUUAUCAUUCAGGGGUUCAGAAGUUACAGGGACCAGACUGUGGUCGACCCCUUCAGUCCGAAGCACAAUGUCAUCGUUGGAAGAAAUGGGUCUGGAAAAAGUAACUUUUUCUAUGCCAUCCAGUUUGUGCUCAGUGAUGAAUUCAGUCACCUGCGACCCGAGCAGCGCCUGGCCCUGCUCCACGAGGGAACUGGUCCUCGUGUUAUCUCGGCUUUUGUGGAGAUUAUAUUUGACAACUCUGACAACCGGCUGCCGAUUGACAAAGAGGAAGUCUCCCUCCGACGCGUCAUUGGCGCUAAGAAGGACCAGUACUUCUUAGACAAGAAGAUGGUGACUAAGAAUGAUGUCAUGAAUCUUCUUGAGAGUGCCGGCUUCUCCCGCAGUAACCCUUACUACAUUGUAAAGCAGGGAAAGAUCAACCAAAUGGCUACAGCGCCCGACUCCCAGCGUCUGAAGCUGCUUCGAGAGGUGGCAGGGACACGGGUGUAUGACGAGCGCAAAGAGGAGAGCAUUUCUCUCAUGAAGGAGACAGAGGGGAAGCGAGAGAAGAUCAAUGAGCUGCUGAAGUACAUUGAGGAGCGUCUGCACACCCUGGAGGAUGAGAAGGAAGAGCUGGCUCAAUACCAAAAGUGGGACAAGAUGAGAAGAGCUCUUGAAUACACGAUUUACAACCAGGAGCUGAACGAAACCCGCGCCAAGCUAGACGAGUUGUCUUCCAAGAGAGAGACAUGUGGAGACAAAUCCCGACAGCUGCGUGACGCUCAGCAAGACGCCCGAGAUAAAGUAGAGGAGACGGAGCGCGUUGUGCGAGAGCUGAAGUCCAAGAUCUCUGCCAUGAAGGAGGAGAGAGAGCAGCUGUCGGCCGAGCGCCAGGAGCAGAUCAAGCAGAGGACCAAACUGGAGCUGAAGGCCAAGGACCUGCAGGAUGAGCUGGCAGGCAACAGUGAACAGAGGAAACGCCUGCUGAAAGAACGCCAGAAGCUGCUGGAAAAAAUUGAGGAGAAGCAAAAAGAGCUGCAGGAGACCGAACCUAAAUUCAACAUGGUGAAGGAGAAGGAGGAGCGAGGCAUCUCCAGAUUGGCCCAAGCUACACAGGAGAGGACAGACCUUUAUGCCAAGCAGGGUCGUGGCAGUCAGUUCACCUCGAAGGAGGAGAGAGACAAGUGGAUCAAGAAGGAGCUGAAGUCUCUGGACCAGGCCAUCAAUGACAAAAAGAGGCAGAUUGCAGCCAUCCACAAAGACCUGGAGGACACCGAGACCAACAAGGAGAAGAACCUCGAGCAGUACAAUAAACUGGAUCAAGACCUGAAUGAAGUCAAGACUCGGGUGGAGGAGCUGGACAAGAAGUACUAUGAAGUGAAGAACAAGAAAGAUGAACUCCAGAGUGAAAGAAACUACCUGUGGCGUGAGGAGAACGCGGAGCAGCAGGCCCUGGCCGCCAAACGAGAGGACCUGGAGAAGAAGCAGCAGCUCCUUCGAGCGGCCACCGGCAAGGCCAUCCUGAAUGGCAUUGACAGCAUCAAUAAAGUCCUGGAGCAUUUCAGAAGGAAGGGCAUCAACCAGCACGUCAUCAAUGGCUACCACGGCAUCGUCAUGAAUAACUUUGAGUGUGAGCCCGCCUUCUACACCUGUGUGGAGGUGACUGCUGGAACCAGAUUGUUCUACCACAUUGUGGAGACGGACGAGGUCAGCACGAAAAUCCUGAUGGAAUUCAACAAGAUGAACCUGCCUGGUGAAGUCACGUUUCUGCCUCUGAGCAAGCUGGACGUCAGAGACACGGCCUACCCAGAAACCAAUGAUGCCAUUCCCAUGAUCAGCAAGCUGCGCUACAGCUCCAACUUUGACAAGGCCUUCAAGCACGUGUUCGGGAAAACCCUGAUCUGCCGCAGCAUGGAGGUCUCCACCCAGCUGGCGCGAGCCUUCACCAUGGACUGCAUCACACUGGAGGGUGACCAGGUGAGCCACCGCGGAGCUCUGACAGGAGGCUACUACGACACCAGGAAGUCCCGCCUGGAGCUGCAGAAGGACAUGAGGAAGGCAGAGGAGGAGCUCGGCGAGCUGGAGGCCAAGCUCAAUGAAAACCUGCGCAGGAACAUCGAACGCAUCAACAAUGAGAUCGACCAGCUGAUGAACCAGAUGCAGCAGAUCGAGACUCAGCAGAGGAAGUUUAAGGCCUCUCGAGACAGUAUCCUGUCAGAAAUGAAGAUGCUGAAGGAGAAACGGCAGCAGUCAGAGAAGACAUUCAUGCCCAAGCAACGCAGUCUCCAGAGUCUGGAGGCCAGCCUCCACGCCAUGGAGUCCACCAGAGAGUCCCUGAAGGCUGAACUGGGGACAGAUCUGCUCUCUCAGCUCAGCCUGGAGGACCAGAGGCGCGUCGAUGAUCUGAACGAUGAGAUCCGACAGCUGCAACAGGACAACAGACAGCUGCUGAACGAGAGAAUCAAGCUGGAGGGCAUCAUGACCCGAGUGGAGACGUACCUCAAUGAGAACUUGCGGAAGCGUUUGGACCAAGUGGAGCAGGAGCUGAACGAGCUGCGGGAGACCGAGGGAGGCACGGUGCUCACGGCCACCACGUCGGAGCUGGACGGGAUCAACAAGCGCGUCAAAGAAACGCUGGCUCGAUCGGAAGAUCUGGAUUCACUCAUCGACAAAACCGAGGGGGAGAUCAAGGACCACAUCAAGAGCAUGGAGCGAUGGAAGAACAUCGAGAAGGAGCAGAACGACGCCAUCAACCACGACACUAAGGAGCUGGAGAAAAUGACCAACCGGCAGGGCAUGCUGCUCAAGAAGAAAGAGGAGUGCAUGAAGAAGAUCAGGGAGCUGGGCUCGCUGCCGCAGGAGGCCUUCGAGAAGUACCAGACGCUCACGCUCAAACAGUUGUUCAGGAAACUGGAGCAGUGCAACACGGAGCUGAAGAAGUACAGCCACGUCAACAAGAAGGCUCUGGACCAGUUCGUCAACUUCUCCGAGCAGAAGGAGAAGCUGAUCAAGCGCCAGGACGAGCUGGACCGCGGCUACAAGUCCAUCAUGGAGCUCAUGAACGUCUUGGAGCUGCGCAAGUACGAGGCCAUCCAGCUCACCUUCAAGCAGGUGUCGAAGAACUUCAGCGAGGUUUUCCAGAAGCUGGUGCCGGGCGGCAAAGCCACGCUGGUGAUGAAGAAGGGAGACGCCGAAGGCAGCCAGUCCCAGGACGAAGGGGAGGGCGGCGCAGACGGCGAGAGGGGCUCCGGCUCGCAGAGCAGCGUCCCCUCAGUCGACCAGUUCACCGGAGUCGGCAUCAGGGUGUCGUUCACGGGGAAACAGGGUGAGAUGAGGGAGAUGCAGCAGCUGUCUGGAGGUCAGAAGUCCCUGGUGGCUUUGGCGCUGAUCUUCGCCAUCCAGAAGUGCGACCCGGCUCCGUUUUACCUCUUCGACGAGAUCGACCAGGCCCUGGACGCCCAGCACAGAAAGGCCGUGUCAGACAUGAUCGUGGAGCUGGCGGGACACGCCCAGUUCAUCACCACCACCUUCAGGCCGGAGCUGCUCGAGUCCGCCGACAAGUUCUACGGCGUCAAAUUCAGAAACAAGGUGAGUCACAUCGACGUGAUCACGGCGGAGCAGGCUAAAGACUUUGUGGAGGACGAUACGACCCACGGCUGAGAGCCUUCGCCGCUCCGCCGCCGUCCUCUUCCUCCUCGCCGUCUCCCCCGUCCUCCCGCUCACGCCGAACCCAGAUCCCCCCACGAUCAGGCCCGAAGAGGAAACGUCUCACUCAGACUGCAGCCGAACAUCAGCUAGUCCGCGGUUCGAUGUUUGUGGUUGGUUUGCCCCCCGUUGGGGCUGAUUCCAGUACAGAACCCUCUGCAGGCGCCGUUCCUGUCCGCCAUGUUGCAUCUGGGACGUUUUGUUUCUCUACAACUCAAACGUUCGCUGUUCAUUCUGGUCUCAUGAGCCGAGUGUGAGGAAACCUCCAGGAUCUGGUUGCAGCAGAUGUGAGGAGAUGUGUGUGUUGAGUGUGUGUGUGUCGGGGGGUGUUUGGAGGGGAUCUGAAGACGACGCAGAUGUUUGGUUUCUGUUGCCACGUUUUGGCGUCUUUCCCCAUUUUUUUUUCUUUCUGACACUGAGCUUUCUCUAAGCUAUACUCUUUGUACUCCUGUAACGAUGCCAACAUGUAUUUGUCCCAAAAAGCCUCAAAAGGCUUGAAAUGUUCAAAGGUUGUGGGUCCUUUUGUUUUGUUUUUUUUUUUUUUUUUUGUUUUUUGUUUUCGGUUGUUACUGUAUUGUGUACUUCAUUGUUUUUAGGUCACUGAAAGAUAUGAAAGUUUAAUUCCAGAGUAGCCGAUGUAGAAAUCUCCUGACAUGAUGUUCAAUAUUCAGCUGUGAAAAGCCUUCGGCUCAUAAAUGACUCCAAGCUGCAGCAGCAGCUCGCCACGCUUCUUUUUCUAGAAACAAAAUGUCCUUCAGCUUUUUAUAUUCCCUGUAUGGCGCUGCGUUAGGAAUUAAGCUCCUCAUAUGUUGUACCUAGGUUCAAAUCUGCCUUUGAAAUGUUUUUGUUCCUUUUUAUGUAACUAGAAAACUUACAAAAAUAAAGUGCUUAAAGAUA